CAGCUGAUUGGCUGACAAUCCUGUGCGUUCAGACAGAUUGUCGUUCAGCUGGAGCUCGAAGAAAAAUAACAGCUUGUUUUAAACUAAUAUUCGCAUACAAAUUUUCAUUGGAUCGAGGCUGCUUUUUUAAACGUUGAAAUGUGACGGUGCUUGUGGUUUCGUGCAUCAAUUUCCGCUUGGUAUCUAAUCAGCAAGACGUGUGUCACUAUCGAUCAUUCAAGAUCAACCGCGGUGUUAUCUGGAAGACCUUCCUGUGGAUGACUGAAGUAAUGGUGCUGGGUGGCCGCCGCCGGGCGGGCCGGUGUUAGGAGCCGGGCACACAGCGGAGUAGGUCGGUCUGGAGAUGCCGGAGCGGGGAUGCCGCUUCUUCAACACAAUGUUGUAGUUGUGGGUAUAGAAGAGUGGAUCUACCUCUCUGACUCGGCACUUGGACUAGGGAAUCAACUUUUCUGCCCAACCUGCAGUGGCACGUAUAUGGAUGGUGGGGUCGCAGUAUGCCCACCCCCUCAUCUACCACAACAAAACAGACUGGAGGGAGCCGCUGUGCAGGAGAGGGGCCCAUGUUUGCCAGCUCUUCCUCUCCUCUUAGCUCCUCUUUCCGGUUUGUCCCGGCUUUCUUUCUGGGUGCAGUGGCAGCAGUAGUGUUCCAGCUGUCAUGGGGAGGCUUGUCCCUUACCUCUUUCUUCUUGAAGCUCUUCAUUUAUGUGUCAUUCGCCCUACUGUGUUUCCUGGCUGGGAGCUUUGUUCUGCUUGUCAGGAAGAGUCCUCUCAAAGUCAGCUGCUUUGACAGACACAGGAAACAUUCAGUCCAACAGCUGGAGUUCUUCAACAAGCUCAUGACUCGAUUUUCUGCCCCAGUUCAAGAAUUGAGCCAGAGUCGGAGGGUCGUGGUAUCACACAAUUUGGACAAAGUCCUAAAGGAAGUGUUGGACUAUGCCUACAGAGACUACAUCCUGUCUUGGUACAUUCCUUUGAGUCGCGAUGAGGGCCAGUUGUACUCCAUGCUGUCAGAGGACUGGUGGCAGAUGAUUGGGCAGUUGAGAUGUCGACUUGCCGAUAUAGAUCUUGUUAACGUGGUGUGUUAUGACACCAUCCGAAUUUUACAUACACACUUCACUGGCCUCAAGGCUGCAUCUGCAAGACCAGAUGAAGGAGCUCGGCCAUUUCCGCUCCAUCCAUGUUUGGUUAGUCCGGAGUCAGAGCUGGCCUUCCUUCGCUGCGUAGCCAGAAUACUGCUGCUAUGUGUGUUGCCACAAAAGGAUGCAAAGUCUCACACACUACGCUGCUGCCUCACAGAAGUGAUCACUACGAAAGUUUUGAAGCCUUUGGUGGAGGUUCUUAGCGACCCCGACUCCAUAAACAGGAUGCUGCUAUCUCAAAUGGAGCAGCGGGAGCAGCAGGCUGAGCAGCAGAAGAAAGCUUACACCUAUGCUGCCUCUUAUGAAGACUUCAUUAAACUGAUAUCAACUUCCACUGAUGUCAUUUUCCUCAAACAACUCAGGUAUCAGAUAGUGGUAGAAAUUAUUCAUGCCACCACCAUCAGCAGCCUGCCACAGCUCAAGAAACAGAAAGAGCGUAAAGGCAAAGAAUCAGCAGCCAUGAAGGCAGACCUGCUAAGGGCCAGGGACAUGAAACGAUAUAUCAAUCAGCUGACUGUUGCUAAGAAACAAUGUGAGAAACGAAUCCGGCUACUAGGUGGACCAAACUAUGAGAACAAUGAAGAUGGAGGAGCCGAUGACAGUGAUGAGCCUCUCAGCCAGAGGAUUCUCCUGUUCGAUGACAUCAUGUGCAAUCCAGGUUACAGGGAACAUUUCAGAGAUUACAUGGAGAGAGUUGAUAGGAGAGCUCUGAUAAGCUUCUGGGAAUUGGUGGAAACACUGAAAACUGCCAACAAGAAUGAGGUGCCCCAAAUUGUUGGAGAAAUCUACCAGAAGUUCUUUGUAGAAAGUAGAGAGAUUCCGGUGGAGAAGUUUUUGUUGAAGGAGAUCCAACAGAGUUUAGUAGGAAACAGAGGAACUGAAGUCUUUGUGAGACUACAGGAACAGGUGGCUGAGACAAUGAGGGAGCGUUACUACCCUUCCUUCCUGGUUUCGGAUCUCUACGAAAGGCUCAUCAAACGAGAUGAGCAGCACAGCAAGUCACAGUGUCGCACUGAGGAGAAGGACGAAGGGUGUCGGGCUCUAGAUGCUGGAGAGGAGGUGUGUGAUGAGGGCAGUAAAGGAAUCAAUGAACAGGCCAGCUACGCUGCCACUAAACUUCGCCAGCUGUAUGACAAAUUGGAGUAUAAGAGGCAAGCCCUGGGCUCUAUUCAGAAUGCACCCAAACCAGAUAAAAGGAUUGUGAGCAAACUAAAAGAAGAAAUAGCAGCCAUGGAGAGAGAGCACAGUGAACUUCAGCGACAUAUCACCAGGACUGACUGGUGGUGUGAAAACCUGGGUCACUGGAGGGCUACAAUUACCACUGCUGAAGCUACAGAGGAAGGCGGGGAAACUGUAGCUUGUUACAAUGUGUGUGUCGACCUGUUGGAAGGUGAGGAGACAGUGAACAGCCGCUGGAGCGUCCAAAGAAAACUUACUGAAUUCCAUAUGUUGCACCGCAAACUGACAGAGUGUUUUCCAUCUUUGAAGAAACUCCAAUUACCAUCCCUCAGCAAGCUUCCCUUCAAAUCCAUUGACCAGAAGUUCUUGGAUAAGAGCAAAACUCAGCUCAAUACCUUUUUACAGCGUCUGCUGACAGAUGAACGACUGUGUCAGUCAGAAGCACUUUAUGCAUUCCUCAGUCCGUCUCCAGAACACCUAAAGGUGAUGUCCAUUCAGAAAAAGUCUUCUUUCUCUCUGGCCUCUUUCCUGGAGAAACUUCCUGGGGAUUUUUUUUCUCAUACAGAGGAGGAGGCAGACGACGAUAGCGACUUGUCAGAUUACGGUGAUGAGACAGACGGAAGGAGAGAUGCACUGGCUGAACCUUGCUUUAUGCUCAUUGGCGAAAUAUUUGAACUCAGAGGAAUGUUUAAAUGGGUGAGGAAAACCCUUAUUGCACUAGUCCAGGUGACAUUUGGACGAACUAUCAACAAACAGAUCAGGGACACAGUGAACUGGAUCUUCUCUGAACAGAUGUUGGUGUGUUACAUCAAUAUCUUCAAGGACACUUUCUGGCCCAACGGGAUUCUGGCACCACAUGUCAAUGUCCGAACUGAUGCUGAACGCACUGAAACCAAGGAACGAGCUCAACAAAAACUACUUGAAAAUAUUCCAGAUGCAUUAGCAAAUCUAGUGGGCCAACAGAAUGCCCGUCAUGGAGUCAUCAAGGUCUUCAAUGCCCUACAAGAAGCGAGUGCCAACAAACAUCUUCUCUAUGUCUUGAUGGAAAUGUUACUAAAGGAAGUGUGUUCUGAACUCAGAGAAGAAGUUGAGAACAUGUGAACAAAAUGUGCUGCCAGGAGUGAGAUGAAGGGAUACCCAGAGUUGGAAAAACAGGGUUUGGAAUUUGUUUCAGUGGUAACCUUCAAGCAUUGCGACUUUAUUCAUCUGUUUAUUUUAUCAUCUAUCAUAAGUGGCAACUUCAGGAAGCUCCCUAUCCUUGCCUGGGAAGAUGAUGUCGUGAUCCUUUGGAAACAUCAAUGAGGUCAAUAUUAGAGUCUACUUCUUGUACUUUUACAUAUCUUUGCACAGGUGAUAGUAUCUCCAGAGCACACAAUGAGCCUUGAAGAUGAUCUGAGUGUGAUGGAGACAUGAUCAAAAGUCUUAUUUUGUCACUAAUGACAGACGACAAAGGCAUCUUAAUAAAAUUGAGUCUUUUUUUUUUUGGAGUGGUUGCAUAAAAAAUAUCAAUUGGGGGGAACAAAAAUGUGCUAUGCUGGCCUUUGUAAAGUUAACCGAUCAUUACCGACAAAGAUAGACUGACAAAGCAGUGUUUGGCCCUUAUGCUGAUUUGAUUUGUAAAACUUGGCCUGUGAAAUGAGAAAAUGUUGGCCUGGCAAGCAAUUGAAAGGCACUAAUGUUAAUUCUGGUAAAAAUUGCAACUACAGUACACAGAUUUGUAUUAUGUUCACUCAGACGAGACUAAUUACAGGUAUGCAGUUCACAUUUAUUCCAGAAGACUGGAACGUUGUUCUUGUGUGAAUUGAGACUGUGAGACCUCCUUCUCCUUGAUCAUUAGCAGCAAACAGCAGAUCUGUAGAUCUGUAUCACAACCAAGAUUGUUUCUUAAUCUAAAGCUAAGAAGGCAGCAACAAAUUGUGACAGUAAAACACUUGGUUGUUGAGUCAUCAUGUUCAAAUUGAUUUGUGUAGACAUUGAUUCAAUGCAGCAAAACAAAUGAGGUUCAGGUUGCUUGUUGCCUUUGUAAAGUGACAAAUAUGUUGAAUGCAACCUCUCAACAUUCCUGCUACACAAAAUCUGAGCAACACUUGUUCUGUGAUUGUUGUACAGUAAAGGCUUAUAAUUGUGCAAUAUAAUGCCAUGUAAAAGUCAUUGUGAUUAUUUUAUUUAUAAUUAUUGAUAGAUUUUAUUUUUACCAAAAUUGUUUAGAAAGCAUUUAUAUAAGGAAUAAAUAAAUGG